AAGACAUGCUCACAGAAUAUUUGUUUGCUGUCAGUAAAAGGAUAGACAGGUCUUUAAGUUUUAUUGGUAUGUUUGGUUAUUUUAAAUUACCCACACAUGCGAAAUUGUCUUUGAUUUUCAGAAUGAUAGGGCUGACACUUGGGUUUGACAAAAAGGACAUGGUGGAUGUAAAGUAUAGAAGAAUCAGAGAUGCUUUUGUGACUGACGCAGUUGUGCAAGAGAUGUAUGUUUGUGCAAGUGUGGAGUUUCUGAUGACUGUUGCACAUGUCUUUUUUGAUGCCUACAUGACUAGUACGGCUUUAGAAACCAGUGUCCAAGCAUGGACUACCAAAGAAGAACCUGCACAGGAUUUAGGGAAGUGGGAAAUAAAUAUUCUAAUAAAAAACCCUGAGAUUGUCUUUGUGGCUGACAUGACAAGGAAUGAUGCUCCUGCGUUAGUCAUUACAACACAGUGUGAAAUUUGCUGUAAAGGUGACCCUGAAAGCAAUACAGUAACCGCUGCCAUUAAAGAUCUCCAAGUCAGAGCAUGCCCCUUUCUUCCAGCCAAGAGAAAGGGCAAAAUCACCACUGUGAGUUCAUUGUCUAAUUCAAUUGCAAAUUAUUUGGGGGUUACUGUAACUUCUUCAGGAAGUAACUGCCUUCUUCCCAGUCCUGUUCAUGACAACAGUAACUGUCUUUCUAAUGGAGGGCAGAAGUUAGAGUGCUGUUGCAGUUUUCCAGAUAGUCUUCAUUUAGAGGAACAUUCUAAGGACUUAGUUUCAUCCUUACAUUUUUAA